ACAGUCCGACGGAUUCAGACGUGUCUUCUGUCUAUUCUGUCGAAGCCGUCGCCUCUCAAUCUGUUCUGACGAAGCAAUGUUCUAUAAUCACAAAAAUCUCGGUUAAACCUAUCUUCCCAUUUUGUUCCUCGUCGAGCUCCUCGCUCCGCAGCCAAUCAUCCUCAGCCAAAAUUUCUAGAACCUCGCGCAGUCGCCCGCACCACGCCAAUCUGCUGCUGCUCUCGAUGGUGCGCCUCCAUCAGCUCCUCUCUCGCACGCUUGCAUCUCACCAAAUCCUCGCUUCUGCCACCUCCAGCGUCCGCUCCACCCCGCGGCUGCUUCUCCCUCUCCGGUUGCCGCCGCCUGCUCCUCCUCCCCAUGGCCGUACUCUGCUUCCCAUCAUCGUAGCCGCGUCGCGUCAAUACGCCUCGUCGACCUUCGGGAGGCGAGGGCGCUCGACGCGGCCGCCGAUGUUGCUGAGGCGCAAGAGAGCCAGGAGUCCGACGCGGAAGGGCCCUGGCGAGCUCCGCGUGCAAAUUGGCAUAGAGGAGGCCCUUCCCGACGACCCUGGAAUCCUGAGCAUUGCAGAAACUCUUCGGACGGAUGUUGGGAAGGCAGUGAAGCUGGCCCUCAACGACCUUGAAGGCUCGGAUUACAUGACCAGAGAUCCUUCUAUAUGCAAUGUGGACAAGUAUGCUAGCAUUGAGGUCUCUGUGUUGCUUUGUGAUGAUGAUUUCAUCAGGAAGCUCAACAAAGAAUGGAGGGAUGAGGAUCAUGCUACUGAUGUUCUGUCAAUGUCUCAGCAUAUCCCAGAGCUUGAUAUUCCCAUUCUGCAGUUGGGUGACAUAGUAAUUUCUGUUGACACAGCUCGACGGCAAGCAGAAGAAAGGGGACACACACUUGUUGAUGAGAUAAGAAUCCUCAUGGUGCAUGGGCUAUUGCAUUUAUUGGGCUUUGACCAUGAAGUCAGCAAGGUGGCUGAAGAAGAGAUGGAGAAGGAAGAAGAACAUAUUUUAAAUACUCUUGAAUGGAGAGGAAAGGGAUUAAUUAAGAGUGCUUAUGAUAUUGCUACUGUUAUGGAACAUUUACAAAAUUCUGUUGAGGCUGAUAGCAAUAUAGAGAAAGUGAUCCUACAAGAGAAACAUCAACCCAAACUAAGCCAUAUCAUCUGUGAUAUAGAUGGUACUAUCAUGGAUUAUGAAGGUGGUCUGCAUGAAAAAUCAAUAGGAUCUUUGAGAGAGGCAAUUGCAACAGGAGUAAAUGUUAUCAUGGUUACUGGAAAGAGUCGGGCUUCCACUAUUAGAACCUUCAAGCUUCUUGAUUUCCGCGAAAAAGGUGAUUUUAUUUCAGAGACUUCACCUGGUGUAUUUUUGCAGGGUUCACUUAUCUAUGGAAGGGAUGGCAAAAAAGUUCAUAGAGCAGAAUUGGAUUUAGAUGUCUGCAAGGAGGCAUUGCUGUACUCCUUGAAGCAUAGAAUUCCUCUUGUUGCGUACUGUGAGGAACAAUGUCUAACAUUGUUUGAACACCCAUUUGUUGAAUUGUUGCACACUGUACAUAAUGAAAACAAGGUAAAAGUGAUGCAUUCAAUUGAGGACCUUUUGGAAUAUUCAUCUAUUCAGAAAUUACUUCUUUUUGAUAGUACCAAAGAGGAUUCAUCUGUCCUAAGGCAGCAUUUUUCAGAACUGAGCAGAGGGAAAGCACAUGUUAUCAAAAUGCAUUCAAAUACAAUUGAUAUUGUUCCCCUCAAUACUUCAAAAGGUGGUGGUUUAAGAAUUCUACUUGAUCAUCUUGGAAUAACAAAAGAUUGCGAUCUUGAUUCUAUUGGAGACUAUACCAGAUGGCUAAGCAAUAAAUGAUUCAACUGACAUGAUUACUGGGUCGUUCUUAAGAAAAAAAUGUGGAAUCGUAGGCGCGCCAAAGGAACAAAACUAUUGCUCUGAAGGUUGCAAAAAUUGUAUGUUUGUAGCACCAUCUCUUUUAGUUGGCAAUUCAUGUGUUUUUAUAUUUCGAAAAGGAUUGGGUGGUGAAUGUCAGCUUAGAUAUUUCCUUCAGGUAAUGUGUACAUAGAUUCAAAGUAUGUAACUUCAGCGGAAACUAGCCUUUAAUUUCAAAUACCAUGAAUUUUUUGUUCGUCUUCUGAACAGAUCAUUUUGUUGAGAUACAUGUGAAGAGAAUUGAAUGGGCCACAUCCUUGUGCAACUGGAGCUUACCAUGUGACAUUUGCUUUUGUCCAAAGUCAUCUGCAACACCAUUUUUAACUCUACAUAGAUUUUUUUGUAGUUUUGUUUUGUGUAGCAUAGCAUUGAUAAAUGUUGCUAAAUAAACGAGUUAAUGGUUUCUCCACGUUGUUGAUAUUUGUUCGAAUGAAACUAAUGCUGAAGUAUAAUUUAUGGUCAGGAAUUCAAUGGAUGCAUUGUGAUGACGAUAACUGUAUUUUCUGCCAUGUUGGGCUUUGUUUAUUAUGACUCACCGUUACUCAUUACAUCCAUUUGAUUGAUCGAUCUUUUUAUUUAUCAUGAAAUGAAGCACAUAAGAAAUCAGGUUGAUUGUAGAAACAAAUAUUGUUCAGAUUUUCAUGCAUAAAGCACACACGAAGCACAGCUCGUCAAUGGAAAGUGGAGGCUUGUCACCCUAGUUUUCCCUUUGUUACAGAUCAAUAUGUGUUGCAACUCUCUUGUUCUGGUGGGCAUAUGAUUUAGUGCUGAUGUUCAAAUUGCUGGUGUUGCUAGUUCCUGGCAUUACUCUAGCAAAUGAACCAUUUGAGGGCCUCUUUGCUAUCAUCUUGUUGCACGGCCUUGAUACAAUGAUUGUCCGUUGGUUCAUGUCUAAUCCUACUGAAUAGCUUUUGCUUGCUCUCAUCCUCUUACUGUAUGAAACUUUCUUUGCAAGGUCUUGAACACUUGUAGCAUCAGAUAUAGACGUGAAUGAUUGGGCCUUCCCUUGGUAGUAAUUGGACAGCCCUUUCCUGUGGAAAUCGUGUUAAUUGAACAUGAGUUGGAAUGCUUUGCAUCUGAAGUGAAAUUUAUAGAACAAAUAUACAUAUGAAGUUGAACUCUGCUGCAUGCUUAUCAUAGAUCUUGUGCAAAAGGGAACCUCUACUAGUUAUCACAGAGCAGUAUCAAGUUUUGUUGAGCUGAAAGUGAAUUUGCAAGCUUUUUAUAACAAAUAACAGAUCAUUCCAUUGUAUGGUAGGGACAGAAGCUUGCUGGUUUAAUAGAAGAUAAUAGUGCAAAGAAAUCGCAAAACUUAUUGAAGCAUUUGUAAUUUUGAGGCUAUAUCUUUUUCUACCUUCAUCAUGAAUGUAAAAGUUACAAAACUACAUUGUGAAGCCACAUUGUGAUUUAUUUGUAGAAAUUGGACAGCUUUUAUGACUUUUCUUCAAGGUAAAUGAUUAUAAACAUGCACCUGAUUGGAAGCUCAUCUAGCAGCGAGGAUAACUCAUACAGGGGACCCUCGGCGUCCAGAUGCAACGUGCUCGAAGAUGCUGAGGAUGGCUCAGAGCGAUGGCCAGGUGGGGAAGAAGUUGCAUCAUCAGACACGUUGGAAGCUGAUGAGCACAAGGACCCACUGGACGCGCCCGAGAAGGAAUUGUAAGACUCGGAGCUUUCGUCACCUGGUUUAUUGCAAAUCUCCUUGUGACACGAGGGUACUCCAUGAGGUGCUAAGUUGUAAGGCUCUGCCAUUCAAUGUUUUGACAUCAAAGGGACGCAGCUUAUGUGGAUAUAUAUAGGAGAAAAAGGGAGAGCUAUCCAAGUGGUUGGAUAAGCGUCUUGUUUAGUCGGAGAAAUUUUGUGAACUCACGGCCGGAGAGCGAGUGAUAGUUGCCCUUACUCCAUGUGAUCUUGAUAGAUUAGUACAUUAAUAUUUCUUCAUUUCUUGUGCUAUUUUAUUACUUA